AUGGCCCGCAACAGUCGAAACCGCAGAGCGCCUCCUCCGUACGGCAACUCCGUUAUUCUUCUUGUUUUUCCUCUUGGUCCUCUUGAACUCCCUCUGGAUAUUUCUCUGAAGCUUUUUCUGGUGGACAGAGAAGAAGAGGAAGAAGAAGAGGAAGAAGAGGGGGACGAAGAGGAGGAAGAAGAAGAGAAAGAGGGAGAAGAAGAAGAGGGAGACGAGGAAGACGAGGAAGAGGAAGAAGAGGAAGAAGAGGAGGAAGACGAGGAAGAAGAAGCAGACGAGAGAGGAGAAGUGGAAAGAGAGUCGCUUUCUUAUCUGACAAGGCACCUGAACGGAGACGCCUACGCCUGCGCGGCUUCGCUCUUCAACGCCAAAGGAGGCAUCAGCGACGGCUGUGCCUUGCUGUACAAAACGUCUUUUCUGGAGGUUCUCCACACGCAUGCAUUUCACUUCAGCAGCCUUGUCGACGACUUCUUUCAGUGCCAAAAGACAGCGCGCGAUCACAUGACGCUCGCCUUCUGGCGGCGCGUAAAGGAGAAGCGCAACUUGGCUGUCGUCGCCAGCUUUCGCGUCAAAACGACGGGACAAAUUGUCCACGUGUGCACGACGCACGUGUUUUGGGACCCUAGGCAACCGGAAGUGAAACUCGUGCAGGCCUUCCUGCUUGCCGGCAGCCUUCGGCGCUACGUGGAGGAACGGGAAAAGGACGCGGAGGAGAAACCGUCAGGAGGCCAACUCCCAGCGGGGAGACGGCGAGAAGCGAGAAGAGAGAAUGGAGAGACCGGGGCGGUUUCCGCGGCGGAAGGUGGGCGAGGGGAGACGCAGAGAGAGGGUGAAAGAGACGGUAAAGGAAAAGGAAGCGAAGAGUCUGAUACGGCGCAAGAAGGAAGCCCAGAGAGAGGAGAAACGGCUUUCGGGCUCGUCAGAGACUCCCCGCUUAUCAUUGGCGGCGACUUCAACUCCAUGCCUUUCCAGAGCGUCAGCAAGGCUGCUGGACCGAACGGUCGGGAGAAAGAAGGAAACUGCAAGAACGCAGAGAGUCGCCGCCACAGCGGCGUUUACCAACUCCUCACACAGGGGCUUGUUCUCCCUUCCCACCCGGAGCAUCCCGUCAGUUUCCAUCCGAACGUUCCCGCCGACGCUGUUCCUCCCUUGACGAUUCGUCCUUUCCAAAGCGCCUACAAGGAAGUGCUCGGCGAGGAGCCACGUUUCACAAAUUUCACGCGAGACUUCCAGGGGUGUCUCGAUUACAUCUUCUUCGACAACGUAGCCGUCAAGGCUGUUCUCAGCAUUCCCGACGAGAACGAACUGAAGCGAGAGGUCGCCCUCCCGAAUUCCCGUUUCCCUUCGGACCACGUCGCUCUCAUGGCAGAGUUUUGUCUGCCCCUUUGA